UGAAACGGUACACACUGAGCGUUUUCAGUCCCGGCGAGUGGACGAGAACUAUCCGAUACUUUGGACAUGUGAAGUGAACUAUAUAAAUUGUGGACAUUAAAUAUGAACGCUUGGUCCGGACGCAGCGAGGACGCCAUGGGGCCCACUGUCACCCGUGCUGCGAGUGCUAAACCCGAAUCGCCUCCUCCACUCAAAAAUGGAACUGAACUACGAGAAUCAGGGUAUUUGAUAGCUGUCGGCUCCAGAACUGCCAGGUUCCGAAGAAGAUAUAAAAGCCGUUUAGGGGUCUUGGUACUACUACUUUUACUCCUACUUCUGUUGUGUUUAGCAAUAACAAUGACUGUAUUAUAUAUAAAACAAAAAAGGCAUAAACCUGUAAAGUUAUGUGACAGUAAGGAAUGCCUCCGAUCAGCAGCUAACCUGGCGAUAUCCAUGGACAAAACCGUCGACCCUUGUGAAGAUUUUCAUCAGUAUUCCUGUGGUAACUGGGUGGAAGAUCACCCGCGACCCGACGCGUACACGUCAUACGACUGGUUUCGAGACAAACAGACUAAAGUAUACUCUAUGGUGAGAGAUUUCUUGAACAAAAACAUCAGUAACCUGCCUCGACCUGUGAGACAGGCGAAGGAUAUGUACGCAGCGUGCAUGGAUGUUGAAAAAAUAGAACACGUUGGUCUAAAACCAGUAUUCUCAAUACUAGAAUCCCUCGGCCUCCCAUCACAUCCAAAAAUUUUGAAUGUGACCGGAACCGAUCUCGUGAACUACACGUACGACUGGCUCGAAACUGUGAUCAAUGUGAAGGUUCAGAUGGGCAUGGACGUGCUUAUCGGCUUCGAUAUAUUCACUGAUCCGAAGAACUCUUCGGAAUUCCGACUGGUGAUGGGAUCGCCGGAGACAACCAAUCCUUUUCCCAGCAUGUUCGAAAGAAGACGUCAUAAAGACAUGAAGUAUCCUUUCAAAAGAUCGAAAAGAAAAGACUUUACUGACUUUCUGCUGGAUAAUGAAGACGAGAAACUUGCACAGUUGCAUAAACUGUAUCACGCUGAGCUAAUGAAAAUAAUUUUCGACAAAGAAAACGAUAACAAUACAGUUUUGAGUGACUAUGAAAUGUUAACCAGAUUCAGUCGUGCUGCUGAGGUAUAUUAUUAUAUAAAUCAAGACUUGUACGAGCUAGAAUCAUCAAAUUCGACAGAAGACGAUGAUGAUGACAACAUCAACAUACCAGAGUACACCGUUGAUGAGAUCCAGACGUUCACCGAUGCCUUCGUCUUGAGCUUCAACGCCACACCCAGCCCCAUUUGGAAACGAUAUCUCGAAGGCAUCUUCAAGAUAAGCGAUGUUACGUUGGAUUUCAAAAAUGAUAAAGUAUUGGUGUCACAACCCGAUAUGAUCUACAUGGGACAAAUGGCUACUUACGUUGCGAAUAUACCGGAUUACGAGCUAGAGUUAUAUACAUGGAUGAAAGUGGUAGAGGUGAUGGCAGUCCACACAAUAACUGAGAUCAGGAGUCUGUUCUACCGAACGUACUACGAGACCCGGCCGCUGGAGUCGAGCAUCCCGCCCCGCAGCCUCCACUGCGCCAGCGCAGUUAACGACAUGCUCGGCAUGGCCAUCGCGUACGGCAUCGUCGAUCCUCAUUUUUUAAGUGUUACAAAGCCUAAGGUAGAAGAAAUGAUCGACGAGCUAAAAAAUGCCCUCGCACACCUCGUCGGACAAGUAAACUGGAUGGAUGACAACACUAAACUAGCAACAUAUCUAAAAAUAAUCCAGAUGAAGACUCUAAUAGGCUUCCCUGAAUGGCUUUUUGAGAAAGGAGAGUUGGAGAAAUACUACGACGGAAUAGAAGUGGAUAGGAAGAAACAUUUAGCGAAUAUGAUAAAUAUAAUUCAAGUGAAAGUGAAGAAAGGACUGAACCAGCUUCAUCAGACGAAUAAUUUUGGUUGGUCGACGGAUCCUACCGAAGUAAACGCUUAUCACACAUUCCAAGAAAAUACAAUAACCGUACCUUUGGUUAUGUUACAGCAUCCAUUUUUUGAUUUGGGGUUAGACUCUCUUAACUACGGCUCUUUGGGGACCGUCCUCGGCCACGAAAUCACGCAUGGCUUUGAUAACUUUGGUCGCAGGUUCGACAAGGACGGCAACAUGGUGCCCUGGUGGACCAACGACACGAUAGACUCCUUCGUGAACAUGACCAAAUGUUUCAUAAAGCAAUACUCUACGUACUUUCUACCGGAGGUUAAUGAACAUGUGGAUGGCAAGAAAACCCUGGGAGAGAACAUAGCUGACAACGGCGGACUGCGAGAGGCGCUGGCAGCGUUGAGACAUCAUCUGAGAAGGCAUGGACCUGAGCCCAAGCUGCCAGGCUUUGAACACAUGACUGCUGAGCAGAUGUUCUUCUUGUCUUAUGGGAAUCUAUGGUGUGGGAUAUCAACAAAGAGCUCCAUACAAGCGGAUCUGGAGGACGAGCAUUCGCCGCUGCAUUUCCGAGCACGCGGCUCUCUACAGAACAGCGAAGACUUUGCCAGAGCCUUCCGCUGUCGACCAGGGUCUCCGAUGAACCCACAACAACGAUGCGUGAUAUUCUAAUGUCAAUUUUUGUGUCUAAUGUAGUAAUAACAUAAUGAUAUUAAUAAUAAUUUUUAUUUCAAGUACCAAGACUUAUAAUGUUUUUAGUUUUAGGUUUACACUAAUUUGUUUACCAAUUAUGACUUAUCCUAUUUAAAAUUUUUAUUUCGGCUUAUUUUCAAGCAGAAAAUAAAAUAUUUACUAACGAUAUUAAACGCAGUAUUAACCCAAAUAGUUAUGGAUUUACAAUUGUUAGUAUAGAAUAAUGUGUAAAUAUAUAUUUAGAUGACUAAGUUUAAAUUAGAUAUAAAUAGUGUAUGAAAGUACCUAGAUUCGUACUACAUCGAAAACUAUGUGAAGAAAGGUUUCUUGAGGUUCUUGAGCUGAAGGUUCAGCCUUAAGGAAAUUUGAAACACAUAUAUAACAAUAUACAACGAAUGAAGUCAAUAAAAUAAGUACAGCAAUUUCAUUCGGAGACUUUAUUAGGUUUUCUAUUAUGAAUAUUUACCACGUCUUAGCACAAAUAUUGUAAACAUUGAAAAUAUUUUUAUACAUUGCAUCUAGUAACGUAAGAUUAAGCGUAUUAUUUAUAGAAAAUAUAAAUAUUGGUGUAAAAAUAUGUUUCCUUUUUUUUUAAAGAGUUAAAGAUUUAUAGACAUGAUUUUGAUUUUCUCAAAUAGAUUAAUGGUUUAGUGUAAGCAAAAUAAAUGUUCAAUAACCUGUGGGCCUUCUGUAAUUUUAUAUAUACAGUAACAAUUGUCAUAGAUUAUACCGUGUGUUUUAUAAAGAGUUCACUAAAUAAACGUGUUUCAGUGGCUUUUGUUUUUUAUUUUCAUGUUAUUUUUAUAGUUUUGUACAUCAAAAAGUCAACAUCUAAAUUGAAGUUAAAUUAUUAAUAUGUGAUUUAUUCGUAAACAAUAACUAUGAACUGCCAACACAAUAUUUAUACGUGUAUUAAAUUGUAUAAUAAAGUAGUCCAAAUGU